AGGGGCAGGUGGGCGGGAGCGGCACGCGGCGGCUGAGGUGGUGGCGGGGGAGCAGCGGCGCCCGCAGCAGCAGGAGCAGCCUCGGCCGCGGGAGGAGCCGGAGGAGGAGCAGCGCCCGGCGGAGGCGCGCAGGUGGAAGCUGAGCAGCUCUGGAGAGAAAGCAGACGGGGCAAGCAUCCCGAGGGGGCGACGAUGGGUGAGGAGGGCCCUCCCAGUCUGGAGUACAUCCAGGCCAAGGACUUGUUCCCCCACAAAGAACUGAUUAAGGAAGAAGACUCUCUACAGAUCCCCUUUUCCGUGCUGCAAGGCGAGGGCGUGGAAUACCUGGGCCAUGCAAGCGACGCCGUCAUCGCCGUCUCCAACUACCGGCUCCAUAUCAAGUUCAAGGACUCCGUCGUCAACGUGCCUUUGAGGAUGAUGGAGAGCGUGGAGAGCCGGGACAUGUUCCAGCUUCACAUCGUCUGCAAGGACUCCAAAGUAGUCAGGUGCCAUUUCUCGACGUUCAAGCAGUGCCAGGAGUGGCUGAAGAGGCUGAGCCGCGCCAUCGCCCGCCCCACCAAGCCGGAAGACCUCUUUGCAUUUGCAUACCAUGCCUGGUGCUUGGGAGUCUGUGCCGACGAAGAGAACCAGCACGCCCACCUCUGCCGCCCCGGAGACCACGUGAAGUACCGCUUUGAGAUGGAGCUGGCCCGGAUGGGCUUUGACUUGCAGAACGUCUGGAGGGUUUCCGACAUCAACAGCAACUUCAAGUUGUGUACCAGCUACCCGCAGAAAUUCCUGGUUCCUGUCUGGAUCACUGACAAGGAGCUGGAGAACGUGGCCACCUUCCGGUCUUGGAAGAGGAUCCCAGUGGUGGUGUACAGACACCUGCGCAAUGGGGCGGUGAUUGCCCGCUGCAGCCAGCCCGAGAUCAGCUGGUGGGGCUGGCGCAACGCCGACGACGAGUACCUCGUGACCUCCAUUGCCAAAGCCUGUGCCUUGAACCCUGGGCAGAGGGUGGCUGGCGGGGCGCUGCACACCGGGCUCACAGAUGGGAACGAAGCCUGCGAUGCCGGGUUUGAUUCGUCGCUGAUGGCAUGUUCGAGUGUGGAGUGUUCGGCGACGCCGCAGAAGCUGCUGAUUCUGGACGCCCGGUCCUACACAGCGGCCGUUGCCAACCGAGCCAAGGGAGGAGGCUGCGAAUGUGAAGAGUAUUACCCCAACUGCGAAGUGGUGUUCAUGGGCAUGGCCAACAUCCAUUCCAUCCGGAACAGCUUCCAGUAUCUGCGGGCAGUCUGCAGUCAGAUGCCAGACCCCAGCAACUGGCUGUCCGCUCUGGAGAGCACCAAGUGGCUGCAGCAUCUCUCUGUCAUGCUGAAGACGGCGGUGUUGGUCUCCAACGCGGUCAACCGGGAGGGACGCCCCGUGCUGGUUCACUGCUCAGACGGCUGGGACAGAACCCCCCAGAUCGUUGCCCUGGCGAAGAUUCUGCUGGACCCCUAUUACAGGACCAUGGAGGGUUUCCAAGUGCUGGUGGAAUCAGACUGGCUGGACUUCGGCCACAAGUUUGGCGACCGCUGCGGCCACCAGGAGAAGGCGGAGGACCAGAACGAGCAGUGCCCCGUCUUCCUGCAGUGGCUUGACUCCGUCCACCAGCUGCUCAAGCAGUUCCCUUGCCUUUUUGAGUUCAACGAAGCGUUCUUGGUGAAGUUGGUGCAGCACACCUACUCCUGCCUUUACGGGACCUUCCUGGGCAACAGCCCCUGCGAGCGUGAGCUGCACAACAUUGCCAAGCGCACCUGCUCCGUCUGGUCCCUCCUGCGUGCCGGCAACAAGAACUUCCACAACCUGCUCUACAUGCCUGGGAGCGAGCAGGUGCUGCAUCCUGUGUGCCACGUGCGCGCGCUGCACCUCUGGACGGCGGUGUACUUCCCAGCCUCAUCCCCGUGCCCACUGGGGGAAGAGGGCAUGGAGCUUUACCUGCCUUCUGGAGCCCAAAGCCAGGAGUUUAGCAGCCGCUCUCUUGACAGGUUACCAAAGACAAGAUCCAUGGACGACCUUCUCUCUGCCUGUGACCCUGGAAGCCUGCUGACCCGCACGUCGAGUGACCCCAACCUGAACAACCACUGCCAGGAUGUCCGGGUGGGCCUGGAGCCCAGGCACCCCAGCGCCGAGGAGACCGCGGCAAACAGCGAGACCACCUCAGAGGGGCCGCCUCAGGCGCCUGAGCAGCAGCAGAAGGACCUCCACCCUUUGCAGACUCCUGGCAGGGACUCCGACAGUCCCGCAUUCGGCCAGCCCCACUCGCUACAGGACCCCAGGGCGUCUCCGCCGCCAAACGGCCUCUCUCCAGAGGUGGAAACGGAAAGCCGGGUCGGCCCUGAGACAGCGGAGGACUCCUGCCCGGCCCCUGCGCCAAGCCCGCUUGGCUCGGAUUUACCCCAGACAGAGGUGCCGGGUGACAGACCUCCCUGCAGCCAUGUGAAAAACAGCGGCCCGGCAUCCAACGACUCCUGGGACCUUGUGGAAACCUGCCGGCCGGACUCCCCGCUCCAGCCCCUAGCAGGCCCUCCCGUUUGGACCCCGCCAGCUCCGAGCGCCGCCCGGCAGGAUGGGUGCCCGCACGGGGAGGAAGGGGAAAGCGGCGGCCCCCAGCACGGGGAGGAGGGCAGCCAGCCGGGGAAAGUUCCUCCCGAGCUGUGGCGGAGGGCCAUCUCUCAGAGCCAGACCAGCGAGUUCUCUCUCCUGGGAGCCAACUGGGACAGUUUCCAGGGGAUGGGGGCCUCGCUGCCGGGGGGCAAGGGGGCCCCGCGGCGGCUCCUCUCCUACGGCUGUUGUCACAAGCGGCUGGGCAGCAGGCCCUUCUGGGCCUCCGGACUGUGCCUCAGCAGCCAGGGGCCAGUCCAAGAAGGCGCCAAGCCCCCCGGCACGUACUGCACAGGCCUGGCGGGGAAGUCCAGCCGGCCGUGGCUGCCCGGCCACUUGAAGCAGGCCCUGGGCCCCAAGCCCCUGCCGCCCAACAGCCCAUCUCCGGGCCCUCCGCUCUACCUGGACGACGACGGGCUCCCCUUCCCCACGGAUGUGAUCCAGCACCGGCUGCGGCAGAUUGAGGCCACCUACAAGCAGGAGGUGGAGCAGCUGCGCCGGCAGGUGCGGGAGCUGCAGCUCCGCCUGGACAUCCGCCACUGCUACGCGCCCCCUGCUGAGCCCCCGAUGGACUACGAAGAUGACUUUACCUGCCUCAAGGAAUCGGAUGGCAGUGAAAAUGAGGACUUCUACUCUGACCACAGUGAAGAGUGCUUGUCUGAAGCAAGCUGGGAGCCGGUUGACAAAAGGGAAACUGAGGUCACGCGCUGGGUCCCAGACCACAUGGCCUCGCACUGCUUUAACUGUGACUGUGAGUUCUGGCUCGCCAAACGCAGACACCACUGCAGGAAUUGCGGCAAUGUCUUCUGUGCCGGCUGCUGCCACCUGAAACUCCCCAUCCCCGACCAGCAGCUCUACGACCCGGUCCUCGUCUGCAACUCCUGUUACGACCACAUCCAGGUAUCCCGCGCCCGGGAGCUGAUGAGCCAGCACCUGAAGAAGCCCAUCGCCACCGCUUCGAGCUGAACCUCAGCCGAGGAACCCCUGUCCGAGCCCGGCCUUUUUCCCCCGACUCGCAGACUGGAAGGAGAAGGGCAGCCUUGGUGGUGCAGCGCUUACAAAUCACCAAGCCUUGUAUGCACUGUUGGCGACCCCCCGGCCCCUUCCCCACUUGGUGCCCCAUGUAUUGGAGAUGAGGAAAUUGGAUUAAAGAGUGUGAUAUGGCCCACGUCGUGGUCCUGUUUCUGGUCUGAAAACCUGAGGCUCAGUCAGACACCCGAGUUUCUUUUUGGUGGUGGGGGGGUUUUUUUGGUCCACCCGAGGGUUGGCAAGCGAGGCGGUGCUGACAACGGCUUUGUUCCCUAAAGCGACAGGAAGGCAUGAUCCGAAUCGGACCCUCUCCACCCCACCUCCCCAAGGCAGGCAGGUUGAAUUGUGCAAGGAGGGGACCCCCAGAGUGGCUCGCUCUGGCUGCACCAGUUAGGCCCGCCAGCCGCCUCCCUGGCACGAAGCCAGCACGAGGGGCUGCCUUUCCGAUAAGCGGAAUUGCAUCUCUGCACACUCUCUCUCCCCCCAGUGUUCCUUAAGGGAAUGAACUCUUGGUCCCGACAGCUGGGCUGUUGUGUGUGGAAAGGAUAGUGGAAUUUGGCUGGCUCUUCCUGCCCUCUUCCGCUGGGGGCAUCAGGGCGGCUGGUUCCCUGCCCGGUUUUCUUCCCAGAGGAGAACCCCCGAGCCUCCCUUGAUCCACACCGCAGCGUGAAUCCCCUCUCCCUUCUUGCUGCACUUGUGUCUCCCUCUUUCUGGUUGCUCUUUCAUCCCGGAAGCCUGACGCCCGGAGGGCAGACUGUUCUCCAGGUUCUCCAUUUUACCUCCUGGAAUGUGCUGUAUAGUGUGCUUUGAGGGUUUCAGUCCAAAAUGCUGCUAUGUUCUUUCUCUGCACUUAAACCAACACCCACCCACCAACGGUCGUUGAAAAAUGGGAGAACGGGAGAGGGGGAGAUGCCAAUCUUAUCUAUGGGAGACGGAGAACGUUGGCUAAUGGGGACACUUCCCCCGUUCCUGUCGUUUAAGAAGGCGCAAGGGACAGUUUCAAGACUCUCGUCACCAUGACAAGAAUGCCCUCUAGGCCAUCCUGACACCAGUCCGUGCCCCUUUGGAAAUGGCUCUCCUGGUUUCUGGGGGCUGCAGUGAUUACCUACAGUGGAGACUGUAGUGACUACCUUUGCCUGAACGCGUCUGUUUCCAUCCAAACAAGCACUAACAUGUUUUAAAAGGGGAGAGCGAGAUGCUGUUGACAUGUCCGCGGAUCUUCACAAGCAGCGUCCAUGACCACUUUGUCCUGAUAUAGAUGUCUGCAGAGGGGAGCAUAGAGUGAACAAGAUGGUGAGGAGCUUUCCCUCCCCGACCAAUCCAAGGGCCUUCAGACAUUCCGCAUCGGAAGGGUGUGCCAAGACCUUGUCUCAAGAAGAUACCACCCUCGUCCCCCACGUUGAUUGAAUUCUUGCCAGCAACGUCACUCGGCUGCUUUUAAAAGUUUUUUCCGUAGAUUCCACGCUCCUGUCCACCAUUCUACAUAUCGGCCUGCUUUUAGCCGUAAGCCUAAAAGCCAGGCUCCUCCUGACACUGGGUUUUUCUGAAUUGCCCCAUGAACCCUGUCUGAAUUGCCCCGCAGACCCUUUUUCAGGGAGUAAAUCGCCUCAUAAUCGGUAAACGGUGAGAUCUUAUUUUUGCCACGCUCUGAACUUUGUACGAAGUGCUGUAAGUAGGAGGGGAGUUUAGAAGUGGUGGUUCCAUGUUCAGCUCAUUUGCACAGAUGUCAAGCCACACACACGGAAAAAAGAAAGAGAACAAGGCCCUUCGAGUCCGCCGUGGUUAAUCCAAACUGCUUUCAACUCCCAUGGAUUUGUGUCCCUGUCUUCAGGCAAAAGACAAACCGACAAAAAGUAACCUCCAAAAUCAGGUCAAUAGCUUUGUGACAAAACGAUGUGUUGUACGAAAUUCAAUACAGUUGAAUAAAAUCUCUAUAUUAGU